CCCCAAACGGAUUCUUUGGCCGCGGAUAUGGGGAAAUACCCGCCGAGGGCGCGGUACGAGCUUGGCGGUGAGCGGAAUGCUGCACACGCUGCGCAGUUCGUGUAUCGUGCUCGCCCCACGACAUGCGCGCGCCGUCGCGCUCAAGGAGGGUCAUGGAAGGGAGGAAGGGGACAUGUGUAAGGUACUACGCACGGCGACAAUUCGCUCGCUCGUGCAUUCACCUUUCCUCCCGCCCCUGCUUGUGCAUUACUCUUGCCUGCCCAACUCUCCUGCUCGCCUUAUCUCCUGGUCCCUGCAUCCCCUGCUCGUGUGUCAAUGCGACGCGCACCUCGUUGUGGAGAUAAAGGCAGAAAAAAGAAAGAAAAAAGAGAAAAAAAUUCACUGUCGCUGGCUUCAUUUCAGC